AUGGCCAACACUCAUUUUAUCGCAUCUUCAAAACGACAUUGUUUCACUACUGCAGCCAAUGCCACUUCUCGUAGAAGCCAGCUGGCCCAUUGCUCGUUGCGAUUGGGUACUGUGAUCCAAACUGAACGACGAACAGGAGGCUACCAGCCUAGUCUUUGGGACUUCAACUCUAUUCAAUCGUUCGAUUUUGCGUAUAAUAAGGAACAAAAGCCACUAGAAAUGGCGGCGACUCUGAUUGAGCAAGUGAAGAUGUUGCUUCAACAGGAACAGCGUUUGGAGCUGAUUGAUGACUUGCAAAAAUUGGGUAUUUCUUGUCAUUUUCGCCACGAAAUUGCUCAAAUAUUAAACUCAAAAUCGAUUGUGCUAGAGCUAGCCAUAUUGGACAUCAACAAUGUUCAAGCACAAUUUCUACAAGAACUCAAAGAGACCUCUAGAUGGUGGGAGAAUACUGGGCUUGUUCAAGAGCUUCCAUUCAUCAGAGAUAGAAUAGUGGAAUGCUACUAUUGGACGACCGGAGUGGUUGAACGUCGUGAACAUGGAUUUGAGAGGAUAAUGCUCACCAAAAUAAAUGCUCUUGUUACAACUAUAGAUGAUAUCUACGAUAUUUAUGGCACACUUGAAGAGCUCGAACUAUUCACAGAGGCUAUUCGAAGAUGGGAUAUUGAAUCAAUUGACCAACUGCCCCCUUACAUGAAAGUAUGUUAUCUUGCGCUCUACAACUUUGUGAAUGAGAUGGCUUACUAUACUCUCAAGGAUAAAGGCUUCAACUCCAUCCCCUUUCUGCGGAAAACGUGGGUUGAUUUGGUUGAGACAUAUUUGAUAGAGGCAAAUUGGUACCACAAGGGGCAUAAACCUAGCUUGGAAGAAUACAUCAACAAUGCUUGGAUAUCAAUUGGAGGUGUCCCCAUUCUAUCCCAUCUUUUUUUCCGGCUGACGGAUUCAAUAGAUGAGGAGGAUGCCGAGAGCGUGCAUAAAUACCAUGAUAUUGUUUGUGCAUCAUGUACGAUUCUAAGGCUCGCUGAUGAUAUGGGAACAUCACUGGAUGAGGUGGAGAGAGGCGACGUGCCAAAAUCAGUUCAGUGUUAUAUGAAUGAGUACAAUGCUUCAGAAGAAGAGGCGCGAAAGCAUGUUCAAUCGCUGAUAGAGGAGACAUGGAAGACGAUGAAUAAGGAAAUGAUGGAUUCUCCAUUUUCAGUAUAUUUUGCAGAAGUUUGUGCUAAUCUCAGCAGAAUGGCACAGUUUAUAUACCAGAAGGAAUCUGAUGGAUUCGGAAUGCAACACUCAUUCGUUAACAAUCGGCUUGUAUCUUGGAUUCUUGGUCUAUUGUUAGAUUGA